AUGUUCCGCCGCUCCUCGUCUGUGAUGCGACGCGCUGCCAGCGUCUUCCUCAAGGAGCCUGGCCAGGCCAAGCCUUUCCAGGAGACACUGGCAGCUUGCAAAGCCGAGAACAGGGACUUGGCUAGUAUGCUUAGCUCCGACUUCCUGCUACUACAAUCAAAGCUCUUCAAGUAUCGCAUAGCCCGGCUCGGGGAAGAGACUCGGUAUGUGAUGAAGCAUCCGCUCGACUGUUUCCCCUCGGCGAAUAUGAUGCUUGUUCACCUCAUCACCCUACCUGUUGUCUUUUUCUCCGCCCUGUGCAUUGGCCGUGGCUCUAAUCGUCCCCUCGUGAAGCCCCCGGCUGCGGAGACGGAGGCGGCAGCGGCAGGUAGAGCGCCCGUAGCAGCAGCUGCCGGAGAUCAAAAAGACCAGAAGUAG